CCAUUUACGGUUUUUUACCACAAAAUGAUACGGCUUUCCAGACAGCCCGACGAAUAUCAAUGCAAUUAAUAUUAAGAUGUAGCCCAUCGUGCUGGCGACCAAUAGCGUGAAUACAGGAACGUUCCAGUAGCUCAUUCGCGAAUUACUCACGAAGAUAGAACCGAUGGCACACAAGCCCUGCAGCGAACGUAUAAUAUUUUUACCGCAUUCAAUCAGUGUCGAGUCUCAUUACGCGAUCAGUGAAUGCGUAUGCUUGCGCUUUUUACUUACGGCUUCGGCUAACUUGAAUCCGAUUAGUCCGUAGUUGACAAGCUCAAUUAUUGCCAUAGCGUUAAAUAUUGCGUCUUGCAGAUAUACUUUUAGGCUAAACUUCGACGCUGACAGUUCGUUUCUUCAAAUUUUUUCAACGAUUUUAAGUGGCGUGAGAUCCAGGCGAGAAGAUCGAACCUUCGUGAAAAUUGAAGUGACGAUUGGAAGCUUUGUAAAAAUUACCUACCGAUGAAUCCGGUUUUUUUUCGCAGCAGCAAAGUGUGCACGAAGCUACUGGAAUGGAUUACAUGUUUGGUGUCCAUCGUCGCUGCGUGUUUCAUGGAUGUCGAUUCUUGGCCACGAGGGGCAUUGGUUGUGGCGUUAAUGUCAUGUGGCACCAGUCUCGUGAUCACUACUGUCUUCAUCGUGUCCCACGUGACCAGAAAGGUCCACGAAUUCAGUGAAGCCGUCUUCGACGUUUUAUGUAUAGCAAUUUUGGUCGCUGGAAUUUGCGUGUCGGUGAAGCAGCGAAGCGGUAACAAAAUCGAUGAGCUCUUCAUCGGCCUCUUGGCUCUGAACGUCCUUUUUUUUCUCUCGGACUUGGUCAUUUACCGGAUAGUAUACGACCCCGUUUUGUGCUGCUGGAUAGCGGUGAGGCCCGUAGAAAAAACCGACGAUGAUCAGAAUGAGCGCGACGACAGUUAGCUUCAGAGAAAUCGCUACAAAUAUUCGACCAACUUUUCUUAUAGUCGCAUUAAUUUCAUACCCAUCAAUCCAAAAUGCGCGUUAAUUUGAAUGUCAUAGGUUGAUGGAAGUCGAAAAUUUUAACCCUGCGUCAGCUUUAUUUUUAACUCAAACACACGCUCGGGUUUAUGGUUUCAUGCAUAUACAUUAUGUAAUGUACAAAAAGAUGAAAUUGCACAAGUUUGAACACCUGUUAAGCUAUCGGGCUGUACAUGAAUUCGCAAUCUUAUGCGACAUGUUUGAUCGAGUGACUCGUUACAGAAUCGAACGCUUCUGCACAAAGCGUGAAUGGGGCGAUCGGUAGAUUGAAAAAAAAAUGAAG